AUGAAGCUAUCUGGGACCAGGACUCGGAGGGUGCCUGUGGAGCUUAUUCUCUGUGCUGCCCUGGCUUGGCUCAGUGUACCCGGCUCCAGAGGUGAAAGACUGCACUUUCUUGAGUCAAAUGCAGUCAACGUGAGCAUUGUCAAGAGUAGACACACAAGGAGCAUAGAUGUCAAGCCGAUGCCUAUUGAUUGCCAACAGUCCAGCUGGUCCUCCUGGACCACAUGUGACCCUUGUCAGAAGAAAAGAUACAGACAUGCCUACUUGCUCCAGCCCGCUCAAUUCUUUGGGGAACCAUGCAGCUUCUCGGACAAGGAAAUUGAAAACUGUGUCACCAGCAAACCAUGCAGAAGUCAAGUGAGAUGUGAAGGCUUCGUGUGCGCACAGACAGGGAGAUGUGUAAACCGCAGGCUUCUCUGCAAUGGAGACAACGACUGUGGAGAUGGGUCAGAUGAGGCGAACUGUAAAAGGGUUUUUAAAAAGUGUCAGCAUGAAAUGGACCAAUACUGGGCAAUUGGCAGUCUGGCCAGUGGGAUAAAUUUGUUCACAAACAGUUUGGAGGGCCCAGUCCUUGAUCAUCGGUAUUUUGCCGGUGGAUGCUCCCCCCAUUACAUAAUGAACACGAGGUUCAGGAAGCCAUAUAAUGUGGAAAGCUAUGCCCCACAGACCCAAGGAAAAUAUAAAUUUGCGCUCACUGAAUAUGAAUCGUACUCAGAUUAUGAACAUAAUGUAGCCAUGAAAACAAAUAGUAGUUUUAGUUUCAGCUUUGGUUUCCAAGUACAAGGAAUAUUUGAAUUGGGCAUUAGUCACAAAGAUGCUAACAGCCAACAUUUGGUUAGCAGAAUCAAACGAUUCUCUCAUACCCAAAACAAAUUUCUGCACGCACGCUCUGACCUUGAAGUGGCACACUACAAGCUGAAGAACAGAGGCCUCAUGCUCCAUUACGAGUUUCUUCAGAGAAUCAAGAAGCUGCCUCUGGAGUACAGUUACGGGGAGUACAGAGAUCUCUUCCGUGAUUUUGGCACCCACUACAUCACGGAGGCUGUGCUCGGGGGCACUUAUGAGUACACACUCGUUAUGAACAAGGAAGCCAUGGAAAAAACAGAUUAUUCUCUUCAUGAUGUCCAGAUCUGUGCUAAACAUGAUUUUAAUAUCGGUGCUGCCUUUAAAAAUAUCUACGUCAAACUUGGUAUAUCAGUGGACACAUGCAAGGGUAUUCUGAAUGAAAUAAAAGACAGGAACAAGAGGAACACCAUGGUAGAAGACUUGGUGGUCUUUGUUCGGGGCGGGGCAAGUGAGCACAUCACCUCCCUGGCCUACAAAGAGCUGCCUACUGCAGAGCUGAUGCAGGAGUGGGGCGAUGCUGUGCAGUACAACCCAGCUAUCGUCAAAAUCAAGGCAGAGCCCUUAUAUGAACUGGUGACAGCCACAGACGUUGCCUACUCGAGCACCGUGAGGCAAAACAUGAAGCAGGCCCUGGAGGAGUUCCAGAAGGAAGUCAGCUCCUGCCAUUGUGCUCCCUGCCAAGGGAAUGGAGUCCCUGUCCUGAAAGAAUCUCGCUGUGAGUGCAUCUGUCCUGCUGGAUUCCAAGGCUCAGCCUGUGAGGUCACACAUCGGAAAGACGUCCCCAUUGAUGGGCAGUGGACUUGCUGGUCAAACUGGUCUCCGUGUUCUGGAGGACAUAAGAUGAGACAAAGACAAUGCAACAAUCCACCUCCUCAAAAUGGGGGCAGUCCCUGCUUGGGUCCUGAUUCAGAAACACUGAACUGUUGAGAAGAGGGGGCUUUCCUAACAGUUGGUACCACUGUGGGCUG